UUUAGAACAAAAUUUUUUGAUUAAAAUGAAGAUUGAAUGAUUUUAAAAUAAAUAUAACAGAAUUAUAAAUGGAUUUAUUACUACAACAAACAAACAGGUCUCUUUUGGAGCUUCAUCAUCAAAUGGACACUCUAGUUAAAUAUUCUGGAAGCGGAGUACAUGAUUUAGAGUCCAGUAUCGUAAAAGCAAUCAAUGAAUUGUAUGAAAAUUGUACCAGAUUAGAAGAUUAUUUAUUCAAAGAGCCUUCUCACAGAAAGCAAACAUCAAAAUUAAAAGUUGAUCAGAUUUUAUACGAUGUUCGGCAUAUUGAAGCCAGUUAUAAUUCAUAUAUUCGCAAACGCAAACAGAGGGAGGAGGAUGAAAAUAGAAGACAACAGUUGCUGAAUACCAAAUUCAAAACCAAUGCAGAAAGUAAUGAUACAAAAAUUGCUUUGGAUUAUGCUUUACAACAUCAUGAUGCUUUGCAAAGUGCGGAUAAAAAUAUUGGACAGAUGCUUUACACCGGUAGUGCUGCGCUAGAUCAAAUGAGAAACCAGCGAAUGUCAUUAAAGGGUGUCCGAAAGAGAAUUCUUGAUAUUGGUAAUACAUUAGGUUUGUCUAACACAGUUAUGCGGAUGAUCGAUAAACGUGGAACGCAGGAUAAAUGGAUUGUUUAUGGUUGCAUUGUAGUCACUUUGAUUAUAAUCUUUUUGACGUUAAAGUAUCUUGCAUAAAAAUCUGAAGCAUUUUUAUUUAAAUAUAUAAAGAAAUAUAUUGUACUUGUAGAUUUUAAGAAUAAAAAUCAAAAUA